AUGGCGAGCGGGCGGGCGAUCGAUCCGAAUCUGAUACCCGUCGGCGACCUGUACGAAUACAACGGCCCAUUUCCUUGCUUCCCAAAUGCUCCCUACAGCCGUCGAAGAAAUGCCGGAAUCCCGCUUGAUGUUCCCUUCCACCCAGAGUUCCUAGAGAGCCCGGAAGCAUCAGAGGACUUACAUCGAAUGCUCAGCUCUACAGCCGCCCCUUCGGGUGCCAUAUCCAGCAGAUCGUUUAUCCAACCAGCGACUCCAGACCAAAUCUCCGACGUUGAAGAUUGGUUCCUCCCUAUAAAUGGACAAGAAGAUAAUCUUGCUGGAAUUGGUGGGAACUGGGAUUAUGUGAAGUGGAAUGCGAUGGUGGUAGCCUGUUUCAUGAAGCAAAUACAACUUGGACCGAAUUUAAGAAAGUUGAUAAGAGUUCACCCGCCAAUUCAACUAUAUUACGAACAUGACGACAUAACAAUCACAAAGGCGGGAAUCAUGGGGAAAAAAGAAUUCGUGAAAGCAUACGGUAGAAAGGAUGUGAACAGUGCUAGGCACAGGGAGACAAAGCCGGGUGUCCAUCCUAACAAGAUCACUCCAACUGUUCCUGAGGGUACCACUCAUCCUAUCGACACGGCGACGCGCGCUGAUGUUGAGGAUUCGCCGGAGCCAGAUGGUAAAAAAGGCGAAGGUAAAAAAGGCGAAGGAAAAGGCGAAGGUGGCGUCGACAGCAGCGAAGACAGCGGCGGCAACGAAGAAUACAGCUCUGAAGAUAGCAGCGAUGAAGACACUCCAGACUGGUUGAAACUCCAUCCUGCACCCAGAGGAACAAGAGCAGUCAAACACCCGCUCUCCGGUUUGUACGGUGAUGGCCCAUUCUUAUCCCUCGAUAGUGGUGGUAACUGGGUAGCACCUGGUCCUGCUCCAACAAGGGACCUCAUGACGCUUGUGGACCCCGAUGAUCCGUUAUCCAGCAUCUUAAGCAAAGCUGCGCAAGAACUUGUCAACGAAGCUAAAGAUGGAAAAAAAGUUAAGAAAAAGAAGAAGCCUAAGGAAACCAAAGUAAAACCGUCUGGCGAAGGCGACCUUAGAGCAACUCGAAAACGAAAGCCGAUAUCGUUUCUGUCAAAAGCUAGACAUAGCGCGAGGAGAAAGACUUUGUCGGAUAGUGCUGUUCUCCACAGAGUCGGGGCUAAAUUUGGGGUAAGCGGGCUUCGAAUGGCUAGAAGCCGCGAUGAAACCGACAUCGUGAAUAUCGUCGAUACCACGGCACCUACUUCACCACCAAAUGAUACAACAAAGGCCCCUUCUGAUACUCUGAUUCCUUGGGAAAUAUAUCAUUCGAAUAUAGGCGGGAAGGGCCCAGAUUUCCGUCGUAGAAUAUGGCCAUCGUUGAAAAGAGACCUCGGGAGAAAGAGAUGGCAUCUUAUGCCGGUAGCGUGUGAUGUCAAUGGAGAGCUGCGAUGGUGGCUUAUGGUCAUCGAUAUGCAGGUUCAGCGACGCUGGAAUACCGACGGUGGUAAGCCUAAGGCCGAUGGAGCGGAUACAGACACCACCAAAGGUGCAACUAAAUUCAAAGACAAAACUACGGACACCACUAAAGAUAAAACUAAAGAUGGAACGGAUUCAGCCGCCCCAGAGCGUUGCAUAUGGGUAUUUAAUCCUUGUAGUGCACCAUCCACUCCUGACGGAACAGUAUUCGAACGAUUUCUCUCAGAGGUCCCUCGCUAUAUAUACUCCUUGGCGAGCAACGAGCUCUCCCAGCUCGAUCAUCAUGUCACCCCUGUGGUCUUCCCUCGAAGCAGUGAUGACGCCGGAAUGACCAACCUCCAAGAUGGUACCCUUUCUGCUCACGAAUACGACCAUCCAGGGCGGUUUAAACGCUUCGGGUUCAAGGUAACGAUCAAUGGGAACAGAUUCAACUGGAUGAAUCGUAACCCUCAGACAGGCAUUGAAGUCAUCCACGCCAUGGGCCGUGUGCUACGCAUGAUGGAGUUGGAAGAUGCACGUCUUGUGGCUAUGUGGAGACUUAUGGAGGAGGAUACCGAUAAUCUUCGGUGUAAUGUGCCCACAGCUACUGUUCCAACCACUGCAUUGUCAUUACGGGACCUGGAUUUCCUCCAGGAAUCCAAUGAACAGAUAUCAGUCCAAAAUCGUGUGAGAAAUGAAACAAUGGUUGAGAUCCAAAGAUUUAUGGACUGGACCCAACUAAGAGGAUACCCCUUCCAUGAAGAUACCCCGGAUACAAUACCCGAGGAGGGUUACCGCAUCCUCAAUAUUCUUCAUAAAAACCACGCGGAUGUUUGGCGACAACUCUCUCAAUGGUUUGACCAAGGGAGCCAUGCGGUUGUUGUAGGUAUCAAUUUAAACGAAUACAGUAGCAAGCCGAAUAUCGUGUCGUUCCCAUUGGCACUGGGUACAAUGGCGGUUCUACAUGGAAAGAGAGGGAGACAUCCAGCUGAUGAUCCUCAAACUGAUUGGUGGGUACCGGAUGGGACCGCCACUGACGGGGAUACCACUGGAGUCGAUAUACUCGCUACAAUGCCAGACGACGAUCCAGGAAAGGCAAACCCAGGGUAUAAAUAUCACCGAUUUGCUUAUUUAAAGGAAGACUAUAUAAAUGGCACUGGAUCUAUUCCCGUUGGAGGAGGACCUAGAAAACCUACAGACAUCAUUGAAAACCAAUACCCGCAGUCGAUGAUAUCUAUUAUUAUAGAUACUAUUGGUCGCGGAGUAAUUCAUGUCGGAAAUCGGCCGAAUGAUACUUGGAAAGUAAAUGGUGUCGAGCUUCAACAGAGUGAAGUAAUAACACGAUUUAGCCAUGUCACACACCUCUAUAGUGGGUCUAUGCAUUGGCUCUUCCUUCGACGGUUUGCUACCUCCAAGUCGGAGAAUAUUAAAAUGCAAACGACUGUGAAAUGCGAUAUUUCAAACCGCAGACGGACACAAAAGAGGUCGGCAGGAGAAAUUUUGGAUGAAUAUUCAACGGAUGACCCUAUCUGGCUGUAUCCUCGUCACACAUUCCCAGACGAACAGUAUAAAAAAUAUAUAUUUAAUUUGGGGAGAGAUACGCCGCAUCUACACCACCACCAUCGCCCCAAAUCUAUUGGAAGCCAAGAAGAAUAUCUUCUCUGGGAGUCCUACAACAACAGUAGCAAUACUAUACUCUGUCAAAACCCUGCCUGCCUACAACACUCCCACCACGCGGGCGAUAAAGCAAUUGCAGUACCCAAUGAUACUGGAAGACCGUGUUUCAACAAUACAUGCGUCGCAGACAAGUACGAAACAUAUUACUAUGGGUCCACAACAUGCAAUAACAUCCACGGAAAUCGAUGCUUACCGAACAUCGAUGGGGCAUUCGGGCCACACAUUCCCGGAAUCCCGGGCCAUAUGUUCAUCGAUAACGGAGUACUAUUAUUCCAACCCGAAAUGCUUCUUUCAUCAGCUGAACAGAAUAUAAAUACUCAGGGAGUCAUGCCACGGGCCACAAAACCUUCAGAGGAAGAGGAUGGUGAAGAAGAAGAAGAAGAAGAUCUGAACGCUCUUCCACUCCCACCGCUGUGUUGGAACAGAAUCGUUUUCACGCCGGUCGCACGCUUCCCAAGUACAACAACAGUUCGCGAAUUCCUUUCGAAGAGCUACAAUUAUGAGCCCAUGAUGCUUGCUGAAGGCGAACAUGGCGGAGUGGCAUACGACAUGACCAUGUACGAACGACUCAACUACUAUCGAAUCCUGAUGUGGAACCAAAUACAACCCAGUUUUCAAAAGGGUUGGUGGCGAGAACAAGAUCUAAUGAAGCGAGAGCACGGAUCCUUUACGAGAUAUGAUGUUAACAAUUGGGCUGAGACAAUUUUUAGGAUUGGGUACCAGCCUGAUGUCCAAUCUGCGUUGGCGUCGGGAACAGCCGGUGCCGAGGAAGGGACUACUUUGGUGGAUGGAAAUACUAUUGUGGGCACAGGUGACCCAUUUGCUUGGGAUCUAGCUCAUGGAAGGUUACCAGGCCACACACUUCCUUGGGAUAUAGAUGCUAAAGAAGGGGAAGAGGAAGAGCAGAGAGCCGGGUAUGCGAGUGCUGCGCAUAUGCUGGGGGCUUAUGUGAUACCAGAACCCAAUGGUGAAGACAAAGGGACCAGAAGCACUGGACGGCAACCAGUGGAUGGAGAAGGUCACGCGAACAUCGUCCAGUUCUUGAAAAGUAUUUCUCGCCGGAAGCCGUUUGAUACCCUUGAGGACUUUCCCGAAGUAUUCUCGGAAGAUGACGGUGACGACGGAAGUAGUGCAGGAAAGAGAUCUACUAACACCGAGAAGGGCUCGGACCGAGGAAAAAGAGGCCUAAAUAGAACGUCAGAUUCCAGGCCUAAAGCAAGGGAAGAGGAGCCCCCAAGUAGAGGGCGAGAGCCUGGAUCCUUUCGAACCGACACGGCCCUUAGGUGUAUUCCCACAGGCAAAGACAAAUUCACUUUCUCCAAACCCAACCGAGCACCCCCUCCCCAAUCUCGAAAACCGAAAACAAGCGGGCCCAAAGCCGUAUACGAUAUGGAUGGCAACGUGGUCAUGAUCGAACAAACUGACACUCUUCUGCCCAAAAUUCGCUACUAUCAGCAUGGGAGAUCUACCAUCGAAGAGCGUUAUAUUGAAAUUAAGAGGAAGGGUAUAGAGAGGCCGAUCAUCUUGCCAGUUAAGAGGGUUCGGGUUGAGCAAGAUGAUGGACAAGAGCAAGAUUCUGUUGACGAGCACGUAGAGAAAAAAAGGGAAAUUGCUGAUAAGGAUAUAGUUGAUAAUCACUAUGUUAGUGCCGACGAAACCGAAGAGUGUCUGGAGCAGAAAGUUUUAGAGACUGAAUCCAGCUUAUAUCCAUCUGAGAAGGCACACAGCAUGGCAGAGACAAACCCCACCCGAAUUAGUCCAGCCACAGUGUCCGAUGGGAAUGCACACAAUAUUACAUCCAAAAAGUCAGUACGAUCAAUAACGACCACAAGCAACGAGUAUCAGAGUGUAUCAAAAAGAAAGAGGAACAAUGGUGAGGGGGCCAUUGGUGAACUGGCCCCAACACAGAAACGGAAGAAAGGUCCUAUGUCCAGAGAUAUGGAACAGAACUUAGACCAAGGUGAUAUAUUGAACGAGGGUAGAGACGCUGAGCGUAGAGCAGCAAAGAAAAGCGAAGGUGGUCACGGGAUUAGCCACGACGACGACGACGAUGACGAUGAGGAGGAGGAGGAGGAGGAGGAGGAGGAGGAGGAGGAGGAGGAGGAGGAGGAGGAGGAGGAGGAGAAAGAGAUCAAAAGGAAACUAGAGAAAAGAAAAGGAAAGCUGCCGAGAAUGCUGAGAGAAAUGCAAUAG